UUGGCCGAAAGUUUCGCGGACUUUGCUCUCCGUGUGGAGGCUUUCUUUCGUGCCAGAUCCUUAAAAACUGAUCCUAGUUCAGGUCUGCUACAAAUAGCGGCAGGAGCCUCCAUCACCUUCUUCUUCUUCACCACUACCAUCAUCAUCAUCAUCUGAUUUCCACGUUGCAACUCCAACAAAGAAAAAAACAAAACCCAGCCAUGUCUCUAACAAAUGGUCACAGCGUGGGCAAAGAAACAUGGGACUCCCACAACAAGAUGAUGCUGGAGCCUCUGUCCGUCAGCGACUCAGAGGUGUUCUCCAUCAUAAAGAAGGAGAAGCACAGGCAGACGUACGGACUGGAGCUGAUCGCUUCGGAGAACUUCGCCAGCAGAGCGGUUCUUGAAGCUCUCGGUUCCUGCAUGAACAACAAGUACUCUGAGGGCUACCCCGGCCAGCGGUACUAUGGUGGAACUGAACAUGUCGAUGAGCUGGAAAGGCUUUGCCAGAAGAGGGCGCUGGAGGCCUUUGGUCUGAACUCUGAGAAGUGGGGAGUUAAUGCACAGCCAUACUCAGGUUCCCCGGCCAACUUUGCGGUCUACACUGCUGUGGUGGAACCGCACGGCCGGAUCAUGGGCCUGGACCUUCCCGACGGCGGCCACCUCACUCACGGCUUCAUGACCGAGAAGAAGAAAAUCUCAGCAACGUCCAUCUUCUUUGAAUCCAUGCCCUAUAAGGUGAACCCAGAAACCGGCUACAUUGAUUAUGACAAACUGCAGGAAAACGCCCGGCUGUUCCACCCAAAGCUCAUCAUUGCAGGAACAAGCUGCUAUUCCCGUAACCUUGACUACGGCCGCUUGCAGCAGAUCGCCAGCGAGAACGGCGCCUAUCUGAUGGGGGACAUGGCUCACAUCAGUGGGCUGGUGGCAGCCGGGGUCGUGCCCUCGCCCUUUGAUCACUGUGACAUCAUCACGACGACGACUCACAAAACUCUCCGCGGCUGCCGUGCCGGGCUCAUCUUCUAUCGGAAAGGGGUACGGAGUGUGGACGCCAAAGGCAAAGAGACGCUGUACAACUUGGAGUCUUUGAUCAACCAGGCUGUGUUUCCAGGGCUGCAGGGAGGGCCACACAACCACGCUAUUGCAGGUGUUGCCGUGGCUCUGAAACAAGCCUUGACUCCAGAGUUUAAGGCUUACCAGCUGCAGGUUCUUGCUAACUGCAAAGCUCUGUCCAGUUCCCUCAUGGACCUCGGCUACAAGAUCGUCACCGGCGGUUCUGACAACCAUUUAAUCCUGCUGGACCUUCGCAACAAAGGAACGGACGGAGGACGAGCUGAGAAGGUCUUGGAGGCCUGCGCCGUUGCCUGCAACAAGAACACCUGUCCAGGCGAUAAGAGUGCUCUGCGUCCAAGCGGUCUGAGGUUUGGCUCUCCGGCUCUGACCUCCAGAGGAAUGGUAGAGGAAGACUUCAAGAAGGUGGCCCACUUCAUUCAUAGAGGUAUUGAGCUGACUUUGGAAGUGCAGAGAAGUCUGGACCCCAAGGCCAACCUGAAGGAGUUCGUCCAGGCGCUGGCUCGGGGAGAGAAGUUCCAGCAGCGGGUGUCAGAGGUCAGGGCGGAGGUGGAGGCCUUCGCUGGGCAGUUCCCCAUGCCGGGCCUUCCUGAACUGUAGAGCGGAAAGCUUCCCUCUCCUUUCUCCUCCAAUCAAGAUGACUUCAACAUGUUCCCACGAAUCCAACCUUUCCCUUUUCUCAACGGGGGAGAAACAUUUCACUUCUUAUUUGCCGUUGUUACGAAGCUUUGCUGUUUUAAAUGUGAUUGUUUUUCAGCGGUGACUAGAGGCAGCGCUGGAACAAAUGAACAUUAAUGUUGUCAUGACUUCCCGUUCGGUGUUUGACAAACUGUUCCAGCUUGAGUCACUGAUUUGGAUCCAUCCAUUACUAAUUUAGAUGUAUAUGACUCUAUUGUAUAACUUAAUAAAUAGGUCAAUAGUGCUGCAUUCAAUUAAGUUAAAUUACAACUGAAUAAAAGAAGAGCGAUUGUGUA